AUGGUGCUAUCCGCGGUCACUCGAAAGUUCUCGAGGGCAACGGAGGAUCCCUUGGAUGCUCCCUCACCCGUCACGGACGACGACCGCGAUCGGAUCUCCAAUGCGGACAAGAAGUUGGCGUCGGUGGACGAGCGGUCGUCCAGCGAUGAGGAACACGUGAAGAAACUCAGCGAGACCGAUGCGAUAGAGCAGGAGACUGAAGAGCACCCAGAGAUCGCAGCGCUGCCCCGUGAGGUCCGGCAGCUGGUCAGUCUCACCGAUGAUCCGACGUUACCCACGAUUACCUUCCGAUAUUUCCUCCUGUCGAUCAUCUUCAUCGUGCCCGGGGCCUUUCUGUCUCAGAUGAGCCACUUUCGUACCACGCAGGCACCGUAUUCGAUCUUCUUCGUCCAGAUUGCAACCCAUUACGUCGGAAAUUUCUUUGCACGGGUGUUUCCCGCCUGGGAGGUCCGUGUGCCCUUCACGAAAUGGUCCUUCAACCUCAACCCAGCGCCGUGGAGUGCCAAAGAACAUGUGCUGGUGACGUUGACCGCGGCAUCGGGUGCCACGUAUAACCUGGGCUAUACCCCCAUUGCACUGGCGGAGCUCUUCUACGGGGAAAGGCUCAAUCCGGCUGUUGCAAUCUUUUUCAUGUUCGCCAUCGUUUGGGUUGGGUACGCAUUUGCAGCCAUCGCCCGCCAGCUCCUCCUCUACGAUCCCACGUACGUCUGGCCACAGGCCCUCAUGCAGACCACCCUCUUCGAGACCUUUCGGAAGCAAGAUGUUUCGUCGCCUCUUGCGCGGCGUCAGCUCAAAAUCUUCUUCUUUUCCCUGGUGGGAAUGACCUUAUGGCAAUUCCUGCCCGAAUACGUCUUUCCGUUCACGUCCUCCCUAGCGUUCCUGUGCUGGGUCGCUCCCCACAACCCCGUAGCCAACUUCAUCGGCUCAGGUCUCGGGGGGAUGGGCUUUCUCAACUUGACCUUCGAUUGGUCGAACAUCAACUGGAAUGGCUCGUCGAUUCUCCUGACCCCCUGGUGGACCCAGGUCAUCUUGUUCCUGGCGUAUGUCGUCAGCUGUUGGGUUCUCCUUCCAGCCGCCAAAUGGGGAAAUUUGGGCUCGUACAAGCACGGCCUGAUGUCGAACUCGCUCUUCAUGGCCAACGGCACCAAGUAUCCGGUCCUCGACGUGUUGACCCCCGACUUUCGUCUGAAUCAAACCGCUUACGAAGAACACGGUCUCAUGUACAUGGGGCUCCACAAUGCCUGGGCCACCUUCUUCGACUAUGCCAAGGUGACCGCGGCGGUGACCUGGAUUGCGACAUUCGGGUUCUACCAGCUCAAAUCGAAUCUGAAGAAGGCCAUUGCGUCCCGUCGGAAGUCGGAGAGGGCCAAGGGCCAAAACAUCAACUAUCAAUAUCAUGAUCGCCUCAACGUGCUCCAGAGGCAGUACCAGGAGGUGCCCCUGUGGUGGUACGUGGCCCUCUUCCUGGCUGGGUUUAUCAUCCUUCUUGUGGCCACCGCCUGUGGAUACCUGUGGAUCCCCGUCUGGACGCUGUUCGUCGGUCUGGCCACGGCCGGGGUUUUCGUCCUCCCCUUUGGUUGGCUGUACGCAAUCUCCAACUAUCAGCUCGCGGUGGGAACCUUCAACGAGAUGCUGUACGGGUAUAUGGUCCACACGAAGGCCGGCGCGUCCCAUCGCCACCCCUGUGGACCUUCUACUUACGGAGCGAUCGCGGGCGACGCUUGGUAUCGAGCCCAGUACAUGCUUCAAGAUCAGAAGAUCGGACAUUAUAUGCAUAUUCCACCGCGAACGGUGUUUUUCUCUCAAAUCUUUGGGACUGUCCUCGGUAUUCCAGUGAACUACGGGGUGAUCCGCUGGGUCUUGAACACGAAGGGCAACAUCCUCAAGGGUGUCGAGAAGGAUCCGCUGAACCAGUGGACCGGUCAAUCCAUCAUCGGUUCGAAUACGCUCGGAGUGCAAUACGCUGUCAUUGGGCCUCAGAAAAUGUUUGAGAACCCCGAACUGAGGGUUCUCCCGUACUCUUUCCUCGUGGGAGCCGUGAUCCCCCCCAUGCUGUACAUCCUCCACCGCUGCUUCCCACGAUUGCGAGUUGACUUGUGGAAUGUGACGAUCUUUUUCUCCGGCUUAUCGGUCUUCUACGGUAAUAUCAGCACCGGAUAUACAUCGGCCAUCAUCGGAGGAUAUGUGGUUAUGUACUGGGCUUAUCGACGUCGGUUCGAGACUUGGAAACGGUACAGCUACAUGGUUGCCGCUGCCUUCGAUGCCGGCUUCAAUCUGAACAUGUUGUUGAUCUUCCUGUUUUUUGGCUCUGGGAAGCAAAUCAAGAUGCCCAAUUGGUGGGGCAAUAACGCAGACUCUGUCGAGCGGUGCUUCGCAUUGUGA